GGUUACAUAUUAUUAUCCAAAAACAUUGUCGUUCUGUGACUAACUUCACAUCGUCGGUAGCUGCCGCAAAGAGCGCGUGUGCUUAUCAUUCGGAGCUCGCUCGGCGCUUACGGAAGGCCUACAGAGCGGGAGAGUGUUGUGCUAGAGCAGAAGAAGAUCCAUAUUCAGUUUGGUGCACCUUGAUGUUUGACAUCGUUUACCGUGUCGAGGAUACAGUAUCAGCAGGCAGCGAAACACGAAAUUGUUAAGGUGUACAUUGGCACACGGUACUACCUAUAUAGGGAAACAGUGACGUAAGCUAGAAACCAGCAAGUCAGACAACAGUAUAAAAAGCCGGGCUCAGUCGUCAUCAUUUUCGAGAAUAAAUUCGGCAGCAUUAUUUCGAAAGUGCCGUAAUCGAAAUUCACAACAAUAACGCACCAUGGGACUGCUGAGCGAGGGAAGUCCGCUGAGCUGGGAGGAAACGAAAGCCCUGGCACAGCACGUGCGCGAACACGGUAUCGAGCAGUUUAUCAAUCUGUACGCCCGGCUCAAAGAUCGGCAGGGCGAUGUACUGAAGUGGGGCGACGAGGUGGAGUACAUUAUCGUGCGGUUCGAUGACGAGAAGAAGGAAACACAGGUGUCCCUGCGGGCCCGCGAACUGCUGGCCGUGCUAAAUGAGAAGGAACACGCCGAUCCGACAGGGGUAAAAUCGCUAUGGCGUCCGGAAUACGGCGCGUACAUGAUCGAAGGAACACCCGGCAAACCCUAUGGCGGACUGCUGGCACAUUUCAACGUCGUUGAGGCUAACAUGCGCUACCGCCGCUUGGAAGUGGCCGAAAUGUUGCCGCCAGGUGAACACGUCAUGUCGAUCACCAACUUUCCACGACUAGGCGCCUUCAACUUCACAUAUCCGCCGGCAAAGCCAACGCCCGAAGACGAAAGCUGCGCUGCGCGUUCGCUGUACUUCCCAGAUGAAGCUAUCUACCCAGGACACCCGCGCUUCAAGACGCUCACACGCAACAUCCGACAGCGGCGAGGGGAAAAGGUAUCCAUCAAUUUACCGGUGUUCCGGGACAAGAACACGGUGAUUCCGGUGGCAGGAAGCCUACCGGAUAAACCCGACUACGUCCACAUGGACGCUAUGGGCUUCGGUAUGGGUUGUUGCUGUCUGCAGUUGACGUUCCAAGCGUGUAACAUUGCCGAAGCACGUACACUGUACGAUCAACUGACUCCGAUGUGUCCGAUCAUGCUGGCCUUGACUGCCGCCAGUCCAGCCUAUCGGGGAUACUUGACCGAUGUCGACUGCCGCUGGAACGUUAUCUCCGCUUCUGUGGACUGUCGAACGAAAGAAGAACGGGGAGAAGUUCCUUUGAAGAAUGAUCGUUUCCGCAUCUACAAGUCCCGUUACGAUUCCAUCGAUUCCUAUCUUUCCCCGGCUGGAGAAAAGUACAACGACGUGCCUUUAGUGUUGGAUGAAAAAUUGUACAAUAGACUGCGCGAAGGAGACAUCGAUCACCUUCUGGCUCAGCACAUUGCCCAUCUCUUCAUUCGGGAUUCGGUUUCGUUGUUCAGCGAGAAGGUUCAUCAGAACGACGAACAGGAUACCGAUCAUUUCGAAAACAUUCAAUCGACCAACUGGCAAACGAUGCGCUUCAAACCUCCACCACCUAACUCCCCCAUCGGGUGGCGCGUGGAGUUCCGACCAUGCGAAGCUCAGUUGACCGAUUUCGAGAAUGCGGCGAUCGUAUGCUUUGUGGUAUUGCUCACCAGGGUGAUCUUGUCCUACCAGCUGGAUUUCCUGAUUCCGAUCAGCAAGGUGGACGAGAACAUGCAGACUUCGCAGAAACGGGGUGCCGUCUUGACGGAGAAAUUCUGGUUCAAGAAGAACAUUACCGGACCCCCCGGAGCACAGACGAACAACAUCGGAGCUGAUCAGUCCCACUCAGAGAUGAACAAUCACGACAACGAACACGAUGCGAUGACUGAUGAUAACGGUAUGGACGACGAGUACGAACUGAUGACCAUCGAUCAGAUCAUCAACGGCAAGGGGCAUUUUCCGGGGCUGGUUCCUCUGAUCAAUAGCUAUCUGGGCUCGAUGGACGUGGAUGCCGAUACUCAUUGCACCAUCCAGCAGUACCUUCGGCUCAUUCAGAAACGUGCGUCCGGGGAGCUUAUGACUACGGCGUCCUGGAUACGGAAGGAAGUAACCGGCCAUGAAGAAUACAAGCAAGAUUCGGUGGUCAGCGAACGCAUCUGCUAUGAUCUGCUGAAGAAGGCCAAGGACAUCCAGGACGGCAUUCGACCCUGCCCGGAACUGCUCGGAACGAACAUCAACUCGAAGACUGCCGACAAUAUUCCGCCAGCGAUCGAGAAACAUCUAACCAAGCGGUGCUAGGACUCUAGUAGGGGGGAAAGUGUUACAUCUGUUCGUACAUUAUUGCCGGGAAGCCCCAUAAAGGAGCACAUCGACGAGUUUCCGUGCAUUUAAUCCACAAGGGAACGUUGAAUCACACGGUUGGAAACGGGGAGUUCAUUAUUUGGGAGGGUUCCAACUAUGCGGGUAAGACUGUCAUUGUUAUCGGUUGGAUCAAGUGGAUAGCAUA